CCCCCCCCCCCCCCCCCCCCCUCCUGGUUAUGCGCCUGUAACUUAAUGAUUGAACCUUAACUUUAGAGCUAAUAUGUUUAAUUAAUCAGAAUAUUUGAAAUCCUUUGCUUAUUUAUAAACAAUUAAAUAUCCAUCAUUUGUAAAAAUUCAUCAGUCUAUACUUUGUUAAUGAAUAAUAAUUGCUUAAUUAGCAGGCUCUAUUCAAAAUACAUUACUGUUAAUUCACACAUACAUGCUACGAAUAAAUACAAAGAGAAACAAUUUUUUUCAGAUUGGAUUAUAGAAGAGACAAAAAAUGAGAAUUGUAUCGUAUAUCCACUGGAUUUGAGCUCAUUUAAGUCAAUUCGUGAGUUUGCAGCACAUGUAAAUGAGAAUGAGGAGAGACUGGAUAUUCUCAUUCAUAAUGCCGGCUAUUCAAAUUAUUUUAAGAGAGCAGUAAGCACAGAUGGAAUUGAAAUGACAAUGGCAACAAAUCAUUACGGACCUUUUCUGCUGACACAUUUAUUGAUUGAUUUGAUGAAGAAAACAGCUAAAAAGAAUCCAGUCCGAAUUGUAGUUGUGGCAUCAAAAACUCAUACAUUAUCUUAUAUGGAUCCAAAUAAUGAUUUUCAUUUGAAUCCUGUUGGACAUUUUCCUCCUUCUGAUUUGUAUGGAAAUUCAAAAUUUGCUAAUAUUUUGUUCACUUUUGAAUGCGCACGUCGUCUUAAAGGUUCGAAUAUAACUUGUAAUGCUCUUCAUCCAGGUGUCGUAGAUACAGGAAUUUGGCGCAAUAUGCCAUUUCCUGCAAAUUAUUUAUUCAGUGUCGUUCGUGUGUUCUUAAAGACACUUGAAGAAGGAAUACAAACAAUUCUUUAUGUUGCAUUAUCUGAUGAAGUUAAUGGUAUUACAGGUCGAUAUUUUAGGAACUGCCGGUACGGAGUUCCAAGAAGUGACGUAAAUAAUCCCGAUUGGCAAAAGGCAUUAUGGGAUGCUUCAAGACGAAUUGUAAAGUUAAAGGCUAAUGAUCCUUCCAUAUGAAUUAAGAACGCAGUCCGAUCAGCACACAUUGAAAUGUUGUUAACAUAGCUUAAAAUCUACUUGAAAACAGUGAAAGAGUGGUUAGAGAUUACUUAUGAGUGUACAAUCCACUUGGCUACAACAUUUCAAUAUGUUCCGAUAGGAUAAAAAGCUCAACAUUCCAAAGAUUGAGUUUGCAUGAUUUAAUGGUUAAUUUUUGAUCCGGUUAUAAUUGAUUUUGAAAAAUAAAGAAAUUGAAAUUAAUACUUAAUAUUGAUUCUCAUUAGAUUCAUUAAUGACAGGUAGAACAACUUUUCGUUGGAAUCGUCUUGGUUGUGCUCGUAAUCUCAACCAGUUCUUAUGACU